CAAAAUAUUUGCAAACCAAAUGAGCUGACACAAGCGGAAAGAUCCUCAACAAAUGUAAUUAAUGCCAGUCUGACCCAGUCUGAAAGUAGCUGUGAUGUGUCCACUGUCCUGACAUGUACAAGUCUUUCAGAAAAUGAACAUUUAAAAUUAAUUGAGUCCUGUUUUCCUGACAUUGAAAAAAAUGAUAUUUCUCAAAAGAUUCAUAACUUCAUGCUUUGCCGCAGGAGUGACUGUUGCUCUCUAAAAUCAAAGGAAAAAUUUGAUCAUGCUUGGCUGAACUCAAAAGAAUUGUCUUUCUGUAAGGUUACAAGAUUAUGGCAUUUCGUUUUCGUUGAGGAACAAGGAGUCUACUGUCUACUUUGUAGAAAACAUAAUAUUAAAAAUCCGAGAAACAGAUCAGCUGUAUUUGCAGAUGAACCAAGUAAAAGAUUUAGGAAGUUAGCUUUGCAGGAACACCUGAAAACAAAAUGUCAUGAAGCAGCAAAAUAUAGUGAAUCUCUAAAUCGAGUUUCAGUUUUUCAAAGAGAAAUUGACAGAAAAUUAGAAGUCAAAAAUGAAGUUUUAUUCCAAGCUUUCUAUUCUCAUUUGUUUGUUGCAGAUCAGAUGAUUGCUAACUUUAAGAUUAACAAACUAAUGAAAUUCAUGGAACAUAUUGGAUUGAAAGAUUUGAAAUAUUUCAGUCACAGAUCAGCAGGGUCGCAAAGAGAAGUUUUAUUAACUUUAUCAGAUACUUUGAGAAAUGAUUUAAUAAAAAAAUUGCAAUCUUCAAACUGCUAUGGUUUAAUGAUUGAUGAUCUAUCUGAUGUGUCGUCACUUGAACAGAUGAUUGUGUACAUUCAAUACUUUGACCAAGAGCGUGGGAGUGUUCAAACAGAUUUCCUUUUCAUUGCAAAUUUACUGGAAAAGUCACACUCGGCAAACUCUGAAACUCUUUUCAAGGUGCUUUGUGAAAAUUUUGAAGCCAUGAAUCUAGAUAUGAUGAAGAUAACUGGUUUGUGUACAGAUGGUGCAAGUGUGAUGAUUGGUAAAAAAGAUGGCUUAAGUGCUAAACUGAAACAUAUGAACAAAUGUCUGAUUGCAACUCAUUGUGUAUGCCAUCGGUUGGCAUUAGCAUGUACAGACACCAAUUCUAAUCUCAAGUGUGUAGGGAAUGUUGAGACGUAUAUGCUACAGCUUUGGAAAUUAUUUCAUUAUUCCCCAAAGAAGAUGGCUUGUUUUCUGAAACACCUUGAGGGCUACAGAAGCCUUGUACUUGACUCAUCAGAAAAAAAGAAGUGUGUAAAAAUUCUGAAACGGGCAUGUAAAACCAGAUGGUUGAGUUUUGAGGCAUCAGUUGCUGCUGCAAUGGACGAUCUGAUUCCUUUAGUUCAAACUCUGAGUGAACUUUCUGAAAGUGAUGCUGCUGCUUACGGAUUACUAAAGAAAAUGCAUUCUGCCCAUUUUGUAGGUUUGCUCUUCAUUCUUCAUGCAAUUUUACCAAUUCUGGGGAAAAUAAGUAGGAUUUUUCAGAAGAGUUAUCUGAAUUUUAGUACAAUUCAGCCUACUUUAGACAGUGCAGUUCAAGAACUGAAACAGAUAAGAAGUGAAAGAAGUCCAAUUGAGUUGGCUAAAUCUGAAUUGAGUGAAGGUGGAAGGCUUGAACUACUAGAUAUCAUAAUAAACCAGAAUACUGAACACCAGCUUGGACAGACACUUAGCAACUAUAUUUCUGCAUUAGUGGAAAAUAUUGAAAGACGCUUUCCUGAUGUUCCAAUUUUAGUUGCUCUCAAUAUUUUCAAUCCCUGCCACAUUCCUGAUAAGGACAGUGAAAGCUUCAGUUCAUAUGGUGACGAUGCUGUCGAAAUUAUUCACCAGCAGUUUCUCUCAGAAGGUUGCACCCAGUCCCUUGCUGAAGUAAAAGCAGAAUGGCACCUGAUGAAAUAUCAUAUUGCAGAAAAAAAGUGUCAAAUACCUGCAUCAGAUGAUUUUACUCCUUUGGAAUGGUGUUUGAGUGAAAUUAUGAAGCAUAAAAACGAAUAUAAUUACAUGUGCCCCUACCUUACAAAACUUGUAGAAUUGGUACUUACAGUGCCACUUUCUAAUGCAUGGCCAGAGAGAGGUGCCUCAAAAGUAAAAAUCAUUAAAACUGAUCUCAGAAACAGACUAAAAAAUGAUAUGUUGAAUGGAUUACUACAGAUUGCUGUCAAUGGUCCAGACUUGUGCACAGAGAAGUGUGAUGGUUUAGUUUCUGAUGCAGUUGACAUGUGGAUCUCUGCCAAGAAAAGGAGGAAGAUUCCUUCCAGUAGGACUUCAGGUACAGGAGAGGAUAGCAGGAAAACAUAUAUGGAGGCAGAAGUCCAGACUGAGUCCGAACCAGUAUUACAUGUAUCACAUGGCACAGAUGUUGAUGAUGAAGAAGAAGCUGAUGAUGUUGGAUCAACCUGUGAUGAUGACCAUGAUAAAGACAAACUUUUUGAAAAUACUCUUCUACAAUUAAAAAUAGCAAAAAAUCUCAGGGAAGCAGAGGAGUAUAGAAAAAAAUUCAGUGUUGAUAGUGAAUCUGAUUGGAAUUCAGAUGAUGACUUUUAAUUCUAAAAUUCCUUAAUUUGUGUAAUGCAUGAACAGGAAAUUAAAAAAUAUAAUUUUGAUGGUUGUUUUCAUUAAAGGUUGAUUAAAAUAUACAGGCAUGUGAAAGGGAGUAAAUAUACAGUAUAUUCCUUACA